UAACCCUAACCCUAGCCCAAUUUAUUCGUGUGUAAUCAUCGAUCAAGAAUAUAGGGUAGGAUCAAAUUAGGGUUGGGUCGGGUCGGGUAGGGUAGGGUAGGAUGCCUCGGGAGAGAGAUCCUUUGGUGGUAGCUCGGGUGGUUGGGGACGUGGUGGAGCCAUUCACGAGAAGUACGGCACUGCGAGUGUUUUACGGCGCGAGAGAAGUGACCAACGGCAGCGACUUUAGGCCCUCGGAGCUUCUGAGCCAGCCCCGGAUUGAGGUCGGAGGGGAUGACCUCCGGACCUUCUAUACACUGGUUAUGGUGGAUCCUGAUGCUCCCAGCCCUAGUGAUCCUAAUCUUAGGGAAUACUUGCACUGGCUGGUGACUGAUAUUCCCGCAACCACUGGAGCAACAUUCGGGCAAGAGAUUGUGUGGUACGAGAAUCCUCGGCCGUCGAUGGGAAUUCACCGAUUCGUGUUCGUGCUUUUCCGGCAGCUGGGGCGGCAGACGGUGUACGCUCCAGGGUGGCGCCAGCACUUCAACACCCGGGACUUCGCUGAGCUCUACAAUCUGGGACCUCCUGUGGCGGCUGUCUAUUUUAAUGGUCAGCGGGAGAGUGGCACUGGUGGCAGGAGACGAUAGAUAAUUUACUAACUAAUAAUAAUUAAUUUAAUACAUAACAUUAUCAUUACUAUUACUAUUACUAUCCGCUAAUUACUCAUUACAUCCUACCAUCAAUUUUAUAAUCUUAAAAUAUAUAGUUAGCAAAUACAUAUAUAUAUAUAUAUAUAGCUGUAUUAUUAUUUUGUGAAUUGGUCGAAAUAAAACUUCAUUCACUUGCUGGUGUAA